AUGACACAGGGGCAGUAUUGUCACUCUUGCGGAGUAUUUUACCAUCACAGCCACAUUUGCUGCUAUGAGAUGAGAGAUGGCGGUUCCAACAUACAAAACCGUGUCCUUGUAAGCAUUACCCCAACACACACAAAGACAGAGUAUGAUAAUCACUCGUCUUCUUCUUCUUCUUCUUCCGUUGACUGCACUCUCUCUUUGGGGACUCCCUCCACGCGGCUCUCUGGGAAAGACGAGAAGGAUAAAGGGUCUACUUCCUCUUCUAUCUCCAACUUCUCGGACACCUCCAAAACGUCGCCGUCUAACGCCCUUCCCUGUUAUAGUCGUGGGGUCUCGAGCGGCAGCGAUUCUCUACUCGACCACCGCUGUACCAACUGUGACACAACGUCUACGCCUCUAUGGAGGAAUGGUCCUCGAGGUCCCAAGCUGGCAGCAACGUCGCGGAAGAUCAGUACGGAAAUCAGUAAAGUCAUGACGCAGCCGAGAACUGAUCUUCGAUACGCAGCCAUCGAGAUGGAGUUAACAGCGAACCGUUCCACUUGUGGAGACUUUAUGUGGCGCGACAACGAGUCUUGUGUAUGA